GGAGAUUCAAGCGAUUUGAUUCGACGAGAUUCGCUCGAAGGUCAAAGGCUCAAAUCCGGCUCUGCCGAUGCUGAAUCGCAGCAGCAGCAGCAUUGCAAGCGGUGGUGGAGUCCACGACGACGACGCACAGCAGCAGCAGCAGCAGCCCGGUCAGAGAGAGCGAUGGUAGCGCGAUGGUGGUGCGACGACGACGACGAGGACGACGAGUAGGGAAGUAGGGGUCGAUUGGACUGGACUGGACUGCUCUGCACUGCACGGGAAGAGGUGGAAGCUCGAGGGCGGAGGAGUUAAUGUCCCGGUCUCCGCAUGUACUUUCGGCUUUUUGUCACGUAUGAGCGCAGGCUUUUGGAGGAGUAGAGAGAGAGAGAGAGAGAGAGAGAGAGAGUAGGAUAGAGGCAGACAGAGAUUCUAGAAUUUCCGGGCGGACGGGCGGGGGCGGAAUUCCCUGCAGAGGUGUCGGUGACCCCUUCCAGAGUCUCUGAUUCCGUUCCAGUUCCGACGAGAUCGCUGCUGCUGGGUAUCUGCGUGAGAUCAGAGCCUUAUUUCUAUCUCCUGCCGUUGUCUGUUUCGAGCAACGCCAUCUUCGUCGCGCGUAGCGGGACAAACGCUCUUCUUCUCCUCUGCCGGAGAAGCUCUGCGCACGUGGGGAAGCGGGGGCCGAGCUUUCAGCCAUGUUUUACCAAGUACUGCUGCCGUUGUUGCUGAUCUCUGGUGUAGUGGUUAGUGCUGAUUUGGUCCAUGAUCUGCCGGGAUGGAUGGGCGAAACGCAUAAUGUUAAGGCGCUGAAACCGCUCGUAGUUGAGCCGCCGAAAGUGAUUGCUCUGUCAUGGAGGCCCAGGGCUUUUCUGUACAAAGGUUUUCUGACAGAUGAGGAGUGCGAUCACAUCAUUAUGUUGGCAAGGAAUAAGCUUAAGAAAUCUAUGGUAGCCGAUAAUGAGUCCGGAAAGAGCGUGGAGAGUGAGAUUCGAACCAGCUCUGGGAUGUUUCUAUCGAAAGCUCAGGAUGAAGUUGUCAAAAGAGUCGAAGACAAGAUAGCAGCCUGGACAUUCUUGCCGCAUGAAAAUGGCGAAGCCAUUCAAGUUUUGAGAUAUGAGUAUGGGCAAAAGUACGAACCUCAUUAUGACUACUUUCAAGACAAAUAUAAUCAGGUCUUGGGUGGACAUAGAGUUGCGACUGUGUUGAUGUAUCUGUCCGAUGUCAUCAAGGGUGGCGAGACAGUAUUUCCCUCGGCAGAGACCAAGCAGUUCAAGGACGAUACCUGGUCUGAAUGUGGCAAGAGAGGAAUUGGAGUGAAACCUCAAAAAGGGGACGCCCUUUUGUUUUAUAGUUUACACCCAGAUGGUUCACCUGACGAGUCAAGUCUUCAUGCGGGUUGCCCGGUUAUUGAAGGAGAAAAAUGGUCGGCCACCAAAUGGAUUCAUGUUGGAUCCUUUGAGAAGCCAAUACGCUCUGUAACUGAUUGCGAGGAUGAGAAUGAUCUAUGCGGUGAGUGGGCAGCGUAUGGUGAGUGCGACAAGAAUCCUACGUACAUGGUAGGAACGGCAAGUGAACCGGGUCGGUGUCGAAAAGCUUGCAAAGUUUGCUAGUUGUUGCGAAAUCUACAUCGAAAUUGAAAAGAGGAAGUGCACGCUUAAAAGCAAGUGACCGCCGAAAGAAAGUGAACAAAUGUUCACAACGCCCGACCAAAGACAUGCUUUUGCUCAGGAAUAUGUUGCAGUUUUCUGAGCCACUCCAAGAGAUUCUACGACCUUAAUCCCGUAACUUGCCUUUCGGAUCUUGCUGUUGCACAAAGCAAUCACUUACCUGGUACUGCCGGGCUCGGCAAGAUACAAGUCUGAAAGUUAUAUACACUGGCGGUACAUGCUUGUGCCCUUUCACAGUCACAGCGUCACUAUUUAAUGCUAGAAAUCAAAAGUAGAAGUGAAAACUAGGUUGUUUUUUUAAGUUAUAAAUUUUUCAUUAUACAUCACUGUAUAGUGUACAUCACCUUCUCCGGAUAUACGAAUUUGUUGCAGCUAGAAUAUUUUUUCUUAUUUGGCUGCAGUUUUGACAGUGAUGCCAUGUUUCACGUGCCCAGUACACAACGCGGAAGAUGGUCAACAUUUUGCAGCUCG